AUGUCCGUUAAGACUGAAUCUGCUGCUUCAUCCGAUACUGUUGAGGUUAACAGUGUAGGAUCAGUUGAAAAUCAAUCUGCUCCGUUUACUGACGAACAGAUGAAAAUGGAGAUUAAAUGCAAGACAAGCGAUGGAGGGUUGAUUAGUGUUCGUGUUUCGCAUCUUCUUCAAAGCAGCGUUUUUAAGGACAUGUAUAAGGAUUUGGACAUGAAGCCUGAGGACUUGGAAAAAUUUGAGUUUCCAGUUAAUGUUGAGGCAAAUGUUUUCUCGAAAGUGGUUGAAUGGUUGGGGGAACAUAUUGGCAAGCCUGAUCCUAAAAUUGAAGAUGAUCCAGCUACUCGACAGCGAAAAUCUCUUAAUUUUUCUGAAUAUGAGACUGACUUCCUCAAGGUCGGUGUUGAGGAGCUUGGAAAUUAUAUUAAGGCUGCCAACUACUUGCACAUUAAAUCUCUGUAUUAUUCUGGUUGCCAGGCUAUGGCUGCUGCUAUUGGAAAUAAGACUCCAGAAGAGCUUCGAGAACUUUUUGGACUUGACGAUGACUUGACGGAAGAGGAGAAGGCUGACAUUCGCCGUCGUAAUAUGUGGUGUAACUAUUAAAAAAAUAUUUUUUUGUGGAAACAAAAUUGA